AUGCCGAUGUUCACAGUGUGUGUCACGUUCCUGGGAAGGUUCUACCAGAGUCUAAAGGACAACGACGUUGAGUUCACACCUGCCAGUAUUGAAAAGGAGCUCUUGAAAUCCUGCAAAGAAGCAAAAGGCAAAGAGAACCGCCUGUGCUAUUACGUUGGGGCCACAAGUGAUGCAGCCACCAAAAUCAUUAAUGAGGUAUCAAAGCCCAUGAGUCAUCACAUCCCCGUGGAAAAGAUCUGUGAGAAACUAAAGAAGAAAGACAGUCAGAUCUGUGAACUAAAAUACGACAAGCAGAUCGACCUGAGCACCGCCGACCUGCGCAAGCUGCGCGUCAAGGAGCUGCGGCGGAUCCUCGACGACUGGGGCGAGGCCUGCAAGGGCUGCGCGGAGAAGUCCGACUUCAUCCGCAGGAUCCACGAACUGAUGCCCAAGUACGCGCCGCGGGCCGCCGGCGCCCGCGCAGACCUCUGAGGGGCG